AUGCCGGACACGAGGCAUAAAUCUCGCUGGUAUUUCAGCAAGAUCAGCCGAAACGAAGCCGAGCAGCUCCUCCUGUCGCCUCCCAACCAGCACGGCUCCUUCCUCGUGCGAGACAGCGAGAGCAGCAAGGGCGAAUACUCCCUCUCAGUGCGCAACCACGCCAAAGUCAGCCAUUUCCGCAUCUGCAAGAGCCCCGGCGGGAGCCUGCACAUCCAGGAGGGGCGCGCUUGUCCAGGGUCUCACAGUCAAGUACUGACUAGCUGGAUGGUCUGAGUGUGUGGUGCUCGUUUCACACAGACACCACCCGAGAGAGAUGGAUGGGAGCGCCCGCGCUGGGAAUUCACCCUGAGGAGAAAGCUGGGCGAAGGCUACUUUGGAGAGGUGUGGGAAGGACUGUGGAGAAACACGGUGCCGGUGGCCAUCAAGAUCAUAAAAGCUGACAUGAAGGCAGAAGAUUUCACCAAGGAGAUUCAGAACCUGAAGCGCCUGAGGCACGAGAAACUGAUCCAGCUCCACGCCGUGUGCUCAGUGGACGAGCCGGUAUACAUCAUCACCGAACUCAUGCGGAAAGGCAACCUCCACAGCUACCUCAACAGUCCUGAAGGGAAGUCCCUGGGCACCUCCCACCUGGUCAACAUCGCCUUCCAAGUGGCGGAUGGGAUGAGGUACCUGGAAGAGAAGCACAUUGUUCACCGGGACUUGGCAGCCAGAAACAUCCUGGUGGGAGAUGAACUCACCUGCAAAAUUGCUGAUUUUGGACUUGCCCGGCUCCUCAAGGAUGAUAUUUAUUCCACCAGCAGCAGCACCAAAAUCCCAGUGAAGUGGACAGCCCCAGAGGCAGCGAACUACCGCACCUACUCCUCGAAGUCUGAUGUUUGGUCCUACGGGAUUCUGCUCUACGAAGUCUUCACAUAUGGGCAAAUCCCAUACGAAGGAAUGACAAACCAAGAAACCAUACGGCAAAUCACCAGGGGCUACCGUCUUCCCCGGCCAAGCACCUGCCCUCCCGAGAUCUAUGUCAUCAUGCUGGAGUGCUGGAACCGCAACACUGAGGAACGUCCCACUUUCUCCACACUGUGUGAGAGACUCAGCUUCAUUUACAGCCGUGUGCUCCGUUCGCUCUCCUGAGGGUAACCUCCUUGCACCACCCUUCUUGCAUAAUCACCUACAGACCAACUCUUGCCAAAUGGCUCCCUUCUUCUGGUUUGCCCUCAGACGUGGCUCCAAGGAAUGCACAUCUCUGAAAAGAGCCCGUAGCUCCUGUUGGUGAGGACAUGGGGAGGUGGCUGAGGGAAAAUGCAAUGAGUUUUGGAGAACUCUUGUUCUUGGCUGUACUUGGUUGAAAAGCAACGUGUUAGCAAAGGCAUC